UUUCAUCUUAAUGGGAUGCACAAGCCUGGUGAUGUGAUUCUGGGUGGGCUGUUUGAAGUCCACUACACCUCUGUCUUCCCUGAUUGGACAUUUAGCUCAGAGCCACGUCAGCCCAGCUGCCAAGGAUUUGACACUCUAGGGUUCAGACAUGCUCAGACCAUGGCCUUUGCUAUUGAUGAGAUCAACAGAAACUCCAACCUGCUACCUAAUGUGACUCUGGGAUACAGUCUUUAUGACAACUGUGGUGCACUUGUUAUUGGAUUCAGUGGUGCAUUAUCACUUGCCAGUGGCCGAGAGGAGCAGUUUCAGCUUCAGGAGAACUGUUUAGGGACCCCUCCAGUCCUGGGGAUUGUGGGUGAUUCCUUCUCAACAUUUACUAUCGCCGCCUCCAAUGUCUUAGGUUUAUACAAAAUGCCCAUGGUGAGUUAUUUUGCCACAUGUUCCUGCCUGAGUGAUCGGCAACGAUUUCCAUCCUUCUUUAGAACGAUCCCAAGUGAUGCUUUUCAGGUGCGUGCUAUGAUUCAGAUUCUAAAACGCUUCCGCUGGACUUGGGUGGGUCUGCUGGUCACCAGUGAUGAUUAUGGACUCCAUGUUGCCCAGUCCUUCCAGUCUGACCUGGCUCAAUCUGGUGGAGGUUGUUUGGCCUACCUAGAGGUUUUGCCCUGGGACAGUGACCCAAAUGAACUUAGGAAGAUUGUACAUUCGAUAAAGACAUCAACAGCCCGUGUUGUCAUGGUGUUUGCACAUGAAGGCCACAUGAUUCCGUUGAUGGAAGAGGUGGUGAGGCAGAAUGUGACAGGCCUGCAGUGGAUUGCCAGUGAAGCCUGGACAGCAGCUGCUGUGCUGCAAACACCCCGACUCAUGCCGUACCUAGGUGGCACACUGGGCAUUGCCAUCCGUCGAGGAGAAUUACCAGGCUUCAGGGAUUUCCUAUUAAGAAUACGUCCUGGCCAACAUGACAGCAAUAAUUAUGAAAAUAGCAUAGUAAACCAGUUUUGGGAAGACACAUUUCAGUGCAGAUUUGCACCACCUCCAGCAGGAUGGAUGGAAUCUGGGGGAGCACCAUGCACUGGAGAUGAGGACCUAGAGAAUGUGGAUACUGAGUUUUUGGAUCUUUCUAAUCUCAGGCCUGAGUAUAAUGUGUACAAGGCUGUGUAUGCUCUGGCGUACGCCCUCGAUGACAUGCUGCAGUGUGUGCCAGGCAGAGGGCCUUUCAGUGGGCACAGCUGUGCCACUUUGCAAAGACUGGAGCCAUGGCAGCUUGUACAUUAUUUACAAAAGGUCAACUUCACCACAACAUUUGGUGAUCAAGUGUCAUUUGAUGAGAAUGGUGAUGCUUUACCAGUAUAUGAUAUCAUGAACUGGCUGUGGCUCCCUGAUGGAAGAACAAAAGUUCAGAAUGUGGGUGAGGUUAAGAAGUCAGCAUUGAAAGGUGAAGAACUCACACUGGAUGAAAACAAAAUCUUCUGGAACUUUCAACUCAAAGAGCCACCCCGGUCAGUGUGCAGUGAGAGUUGUCCUCCAGGUACCCGCGUUGCAAGAAAGAAGGGCCAACCUGAGUGCUGUUUUGACUGCAUUCCUUGUUCUGAGGGAAAGAUCAGCAAUAAUACAGACUCUAUGGAGUGCACGAGUUGUCCAGAGGACUUCUGGUCCAACCCCCAGCGUGACCACUGUGUUCCUAAGAAAAUUGAGUUCCUCUCCUACCAUGAGCCUCUGGGUAUCUGCUUGACAACCACAUCAUUGCUGGGCACAUUUAUCUGUGUUGUUGUCCUGGGAAUCUUUACCCGCCAUCACAGCACACCAAUGGUACGCGCCAACAAUUCAGAACUGAGUUUCUUGCUCUUAAUCUCUCUUAAACUAUGUUUUCUCUGCUCACUGCUGUUCAUUGGCCGUCCCAGACUAUGGACAUGUCAGCUGAGACAUGCAGCAUUUGGGAUUAGCUUUGUGCUUUGUGUCUCAUGUAUCCUGGUGAAAACCAUGGUGGUUCUGGCUGUGUUCAAGGCCUCCAAACCAGGAAGUGGAGCCACUCUGAAGUGGUUUGGUGCUGUGCAGCAGAGAGGGACAGUUCUGGCUCUUACAUCCAUCCAGGCAGCAAUCUGCACUGCGUGGCUUGUCUCCUCCUCACCAGCUCCUCAUAAAAACACUCAAUACCACAAUGACAAAAUUGUUUAUGAGUGUGUAGUUGGGUCCACUGUUGGGUUUGCGGUGUUGCUGGGUUAUAUUGGCUUAUUGGCUAUCCUCAGCUUCCUGCUAGCAUUUCUGGCAAGGAAUCUUCCAGACAACUUCAAUGAGGCCAAACUCAUCACUUUCAGCAUGUUGAUUUUCUGUGCUGUGUGGGUGGCCUUUGUCCCAGCUUAUGUUAACUCCCCAGGCAAAUAUGCAGACGCAGUGGAGGUAUUUGCCAUCCUGGCCUCCAGUUUUGGCCUCUUAGUGGCACUGUUUGGACCCAAAUGUUACAUAAUCCUACUGAGACCAGAGAGAAACACAAAGAAAGCAAUCAUGGGUCGAGGCAUCACCAAGUGA